AUGUCGGAAAGCGGGGGUGGUGCCUGUAGCUCCUUGGCCCAAUAGCUUUGGAGCGCGCGGGGCCCCGGGAGUGAAACAGGGGCUGCGGAGGAUCCGUCGCGCGGGAGUUGGUGCGGCGGAGGCAUGGUGGGCCACCUGAGCGAGGGGGCCAUUGCGGCCAUAAUGCAACAGGGAGACACUUCCAUAAAACCUGUCCUCCAGGUCAUUAACAUCCGUCCCAUCACUACAGGGAAUAGUCCACCCCGUUAUCGACUGCUUAUGAGUGAUGGAUUGAACACUCUAUCCUCUUUCAUGUUGGCAACACAGUUGAACCAUCUCGUUGAGGGAGAACAAUUGUCUAGCAACUGUAUUUGCCAGAUUAACCGAUUUAUUGUUAACACUCUGAAAGAUGGAAGGAGAGUAAUUAUUUUGAUGGAGUUAGACAUUUUGAAAUCAGCUGAAGCAGUUGGAUUAAAGAUUGGCAAUCCCGUGCCCUAUAAUGAAGGACACGGGCAGCAGCAGGUAGUUCCUUCUCCGGCCUCAGCAGCCAACCCGCCAGCCAGCAAGCCCCAGCAACAGAAUGGGAGCUCAGGGAUGGGUUCCACUGCAUCUAAGACUUAUGGUGCCUCAAAGAUAUUUGGAAAAGCUGGAGCUACCAACCUAGCGAACACAGGUUCUGGAGGAACACAGGUCAAAGUGGUACCCAUCGCCAGCCUCACCCCUUACCAAUCCAAGUGGACUAUCUGUGCUCGAGUUACCAACAAAAGUCAGAUCCGUACCUGGAGUAAUUCCCGGGGGGAAGGGAAGCUCUUCUCCCUAGAACUAGUUGAUGAAAGUGGUGAAAUCAGAGCUACUGCUUUCAAUGAGCAAGUGGACAAGUUUUUUCCCCUUAUUGACAUGAACAAGGUCUAUUACAUCUCUAAAGGCACCCUGAAGAUUGCUAACAAACAGUUCACAGCUGUUAAAAAUGACUAUGAGAUGACCUUCAAUAAUGAGACUUCCGUCGUGCCCUGUGAAGAUGGUCAUCACUUACCAACAGUUCAGUUUGAUUUCACAGCGAUUGGUGACCUGGAGAAUAAGUCUAAAGAUUCUCUGAUAGACAUAAUUGGGAUCUGCAAGAGCUAUGAAGAUGCCACCAAAAUCACAGUGAAGUCUAACAACAGAGAAGUUUCGAAGAGAGACAUCUAUUUGAUGGACAUGUCGGGGAAAGUGGUGACCACUACUCUGUGGGGAGAAGAUGCUGAUAGAUUUGAUGGUUCUAGACAACCUGUGAUGGCUAUCAAAGGAGCCAGAGUUUCUGAUUUUGGUGGACGGAGCCUCUCUGUACUGUCUUCAAGCACGGUCAUUGUGAAUCCUGACAUCCCGGAGGCCUAUAAGCUUCGUGGAUGGUUUGACUCUGAAGGACAAGCCUUAGAUGGUGUUUCCAUCUCUGAUCUAAAGAGUGGAGGAACAGGAGGUAGCAACACCAACUGGAAAACUCUAUAUGAGGCUAAAUCAGAGAACCUAGGCCAUGGUGACAAGGCCGACUAUUUUAGCUGUGUGGCGACAGUUGUGUUUCUUCGCAAAGAGAACUGUAUGUAUCAAGCCUGCCCAGCUCAGGACUGCUUUAAGAAAGUGAUUGAUCAACAGAAUGGAUUGUACCGCUGUGAGAAGUGUGAUAGUGAAUUUCCCAGCUUCAAGUACCGCAUGAUCCUGUCAGCAAAUAUUGCUGAUUUUCAAGAGAAUCAGUGGGUCACCUGUUUCCAGGAGUCUGCGGAGGCCAUCAUUGGACAAACCACUGCUUAUAUUGGGGAGUUAAAAGAGAAGAAUGAGCAAGCAUUUGAGGAAGUUUUCCAGAAUGCCAACUUCCGAACUUUCAUAUUCAAGAUCAGGGUGAAACUAGAGACCUACAAUGAUGAGUCUCGAAUUAAGGCCACUGUGAUGGACGUGAAGCCCGUGGACUACAGAGAAUAUGGCAGAAGGCUGAUCAUGAACAUCAAGAGAAACGCACUGAUGAUGUGAGCAGAGCAGUGCUGAUUGGGCGGAAGUUUGAAAAAGCAGAGUUGAAAUGAAACAGACUCCUUCCCGCAGCCCCCCCCCCUCCAACCCCCCUUGUGACAAUUCCACAUUAGCUCCCCAGUGCAUAGAGCCUCUCUGCGGCGGACUAGGCGCUUCCUCUCUCAGGCGCAUCUUGGAACCCAUUGGUAGGCAAAGGACAGUGUGCUCAGGUGGCUGAGGUGUAAACUGUGUCAGACCUAGCGGGUCAGCUGGCGGGAGGUGUAGUGCCAGUCCCUCUGUCUUGAGGCUUUUGUCAGUGAUAUUAAGAUUUCAUUAUCUUCAAGCAGGAAUUAUGUCAGAAGUAAUUGACCCUAAAUCUGCAGACAGUGAAAUAAAUUAUGUAACUUGGGUUUCCGCCUCUCCAGUGGUGACACCUUCACAACUUGGGUUCCUUCUCUGGAGGGAGAGCCGAAAAGUGGCUGUGCGGAACCUGUAUUUUAGUGUGUCUUUCUAGAAUUCAAAGGCUUUCCUUUCUAGAGGUGCCACAGAGUUGUUAAUGCUUGGAAUGGCAAUAGGGUAGAAUUAUUAAUCAAAGACAUGUCUUUUAUAUCUGAAGAAUAUCCUUCCUUCGGGGUUUAAUAGAUGAGUCAGAUGGGUCUGAUACUAAUCAAAAUUGUCUCUUCUGAGGAAGGCUGAUAAGCAUUGACUUGCUGUCCCCCAGGGACAUCCAGGCAACUACAAAGCAUUGCUUUAGUUUUUACUUCAAUUAAUGUUGCAGUUUGUUUGGCGAAUGUAUACUUUUUCUACCUGUACAUAUUUUUUGCGUUUGUAGGUUUCAUUUCUUGAUUAAAGCUAUGUUAAAUAGAAGGGAUUUUGAAGGAAGAAGCUCUUUGUUUCCCCCUGCUUUGUUUUAAUAAACAGAAGCUUCUCUGUGUGUGAA